CCCGGCGCGGGGUGCCUGCCCGCACAAUGGCUAAAGCCCGCGGCGGAGCUCGAGCUCCAGCCCCACCCAGUGCGCUACGCGCCGCGGUCUGUCCUGCUCGUUGUGUGGGCGCCGGGCCAUGUACUCGGGGAACCGCAGCGGCGGCCAGGGACACUGGGAAGGCGGUGGGGCCGAGGGUGCGGCGCAGUCAGGGACGCUGAGCUCCGCGCCGCUCUUCAGCCCGGGCACCUACGAGCGCCUGGCGCUGCUGCUCGGCUCCCUCGGGCUGCUGGGCGUCGGCAGCAACCUGCUGGUGCUCGUCCUCUACUACAAGUUCCAGCGGCUGCGCUCUCCCACCCACCUCUUCCUGGCCAACAUCAGCCUCAGCGACCUGCUGGUGUCCCUCUUCGGGGUCACCUUUACCUUCGUGUCCUGCCUGAGGAACGGCUGGGUGUGGGACGCCGUGGGCUGCGUGUGGGACGGGUUUAGCAGCAGCCUCUUCGGUUAUGGCGUAGCACAGUCAAAGUUGAGAUUACCGAUGCCUCAGAGAAUCCCAUCGCAGGUGAACAAAUUGCUGUGUAGGAUUGUUUCCAUUACCACCCUCACUGUACUGGCUUAUGAACGUUAUAUUCGUGUGGUCCAUGCCAGAGUGAUCAAUUUUUCCUGGGCCUGGAGGGCUAUUACCUACAUCUGGCUGUACUCGCUUGCAUGGGCAGGAGCACCUCUCCUGGGCUGGAACAGGUACAUUCUGGACAUCCACGGACUAGGCUGCACUGUGGACUGGAAAUCCAAGGAUGCCAACGAUUCCUCCUUUGUGCUCUUCUUGUUUCUUGGCUGCUUGGUGGUGCCCGUGGGUGUCAUAGCCCAUUGCUAUGGCCAUAUUCUGUACUCCAUUCGAAUGCUUCGUUGUGUUGAAGACCUUCAGACAAUUCAAGUGAUGAAGAUUUUAAGAUAUGAGAACAAAGUGGCCAAAAUGUGUUUUUUGAUGGUCUUCAUCUUCCUGGUCUGCUGGAUGCCUUAUAUUGUGAUCUGUUUCUUGGUCGUUAAUGGUCACAGAUACCGGGUCACUCCAACAAUAUCGAUAGUUUCUUAUCUGUUUGCUAAAUCCAGCACUGUGUACAAUCCUGUUAUUUAUGUCUUCAUGAUCAGAAAGUUUCGAAGAUCCCUCUUGCAACUCCUCUGUUUCCGACUGCUGAGAUGUCAGCAGCCUGCUAAAGACCUACCAGCAGUUGGGAGUGAAAUGCAGAUCAGACCCAUUGUGAUGUCACAAAAAGAUGGGGACAGGCCAAAGAAGAAAGUGACUUUUAAUUCUUCUUCCAUUGUUUUUAUCAUCACGAGUGAUGAAUCACUAUCUGUUGAUGAUAGUGAUAGAACCAGUGGGUCCAAGGUUGAUACAAUCCAAGUUCGUCCUUUGUAGGAAUGCAAGACUGGGCCUUAGAUUGGAUGUCACAUUUGAACUUCAAUUAUAAGGAUUGUUCUGGAACCUGCAUUCUAUGUAGUAUCAACAGAACUUUUACAGUCCAGCAAAAAAUCUGAAUUGCCUGCAUGCUGUCUGGCCUCAAGAAGAAUCUGAACAAGACAAAUUCUUUUAAUUCAAUGGGUGCUUUCUGUAACAAAACCCCACUAUGGCACAAGAUGGGCAUCUGGCACCAUCAACUUCUUACGUGUUAGAAUUUCCAUUUCAGAUGUAUUUUUGAAUGACUAUAUUUGCCAAAGCACAUGAUACAUUUUUCUUGAAAACAUUUUAUUGUAAAAAUAACUUUGUCUCAAACACAUGUAUGAAAUAGCUAGACUAUCUUUAAUUCUCUGCAGUGUUGGGUCCUAUUUACAGUCAUGUCAUCUGCUUGAACAAAUUGAAGUUACCAUGAGAUAAAUUCCAGGAUUAAAAAUAAAUUCCCUACCUUGAUCUGUAACUAUAUAUAUGUAAAAUGAAGAGGAGUUUCAGACUACCAAGCUGCUGAAUAAAUUCCAGAAUAUACUACUAGGAGAAUCAUAGCAAAGAGAAAGAAUUCGAUGAUGUCAGGGCAGUCAUGGCCUAUGGUUAGGUACGUAGUAGUAUGAGACUGCCCACCAUGAAGAUGAUUUUGAUGGCAGACAACUAUCUCCAUCUCUUUCAUUUCAAACAUAAGCAUGGCAGGAUUACCCUUUCCUUGUAAUAAGUUCCCCCAAUUUACCAGGAGUUCUGGAGUUAGAAAAGGGGUUCAAGUAAACAUACUUACUUGGAAGAGGUAUAAAAAUGAGAAUUGAGUGUAUUCCUAAAGUAUAUUAGCCUUAACUCCUCAUUGUCAGGCCAUUAAUUGGUGUUAAUGAAGAGGCCUAUUUUUUCCCAUUAGUUACUGUUUGAACUUACAAGAAAGCAGAACGUGCUACCUCCAAACAUGCUCUGUUUUCCAUACUGAUUAUUUUGAGCUGAAAACAAUUGAGAAGAAGUGAUAGAAGGAAAGCUUUUUGCUUCUUCCCCUUAUUGGCCUAAAAGCAGGACCCAACUUUACAAAUGUGUUCCUUUUUCUUUUCGGCCAUAAAAAACAAAGUUGCUCACCAAAGAUAACUUUAGACACUUGUCAGUCUGCAGAGAGCACAAGAGGACUCUGCGUAGCCAACUCCCAACCAUUUCCCUUCCUACCCAUUGCUGCCCUCAGUCUCAGUCCAUUCUCUGUGUCUUGGCACUUCUCUAAAACUUACAGUUCUUUGUGGAGGAUGCUAAGCCAGCUUUUUGAGAUUUACUCAUUCUGUGGGUAUCUUCCCUGUGGAAUACACAUGUAAUAAACUAUUUGUUUUUGUUUUUUCCUUGGUAGUCUCUUGUCUUUUGUUAUAGU